AUGAAGAAUAACCGACCGCCAGCAACUUCCUACGUAAGACGAAGUGAAAACAUAUCCUUUUCCUUUGCCGCAGGAAAGGACACCUUUCAAUCUGGAUUCCUUGGCAGCGAGAAUACAUACUUGGAGGGAAUAUUGCAUUUGAAUUACCAGAAGCCAACUCCUAUUAACAGAAUCGUCCUCAACCUUAAAGGAAAAGAGAAGACCAAAUUAUGCGAGAGUCAAGCGAAAGCAAACGUCCUCUAUAGCGGUUCUCAAACUUUUAUUGACAAAAAUUAUUUCAUUCAAAAUGAAGAAAAAUUGAUUACGAAGUUGGACAUUCCUUUCAAUCUUCUGCUUCCUCGCAACCUACCGGAAUCCGUCAACAUCUGCAAUAACAAUGGCGACGAAAUCGGAGGAAUCGAUUACAUUCUUAGCGCCAUCGUUGACCGCAAGGGAUUUCUCAAGACGACGCAAAAAGCGAAAAUCAAAUGCCCACUGAAAGGAACAUUGAUUAUGCACACAAAUGACCCCUACCAAUUAUGUGGAAGCUGGGGAAAUUUGCUAAAUUAUUCUUUGGAGCUACCUCAGGACAACGUAUUUGCCAUUGACACAUAUACGACAAUACCGAUGAAAAUCAAGUUUUUUCGUUCAGGGGUUAGCAUUGAAAAGGUCGAAUUCACUCUAAAAACGAUCGUCGACUUUUCAUUCGACAAACCACGCAAGGUCUCGCGUAAAAUCAAAGAAAUGGUCGUAUCAUCGGCAGCGAUACAACACCAGGAGCUUAUGUUCUUACGACCGGCGAGGGGGGAAUACGCUUUCUCCGUUGAACUGCAUGUUCCACCGAACACAAAACCCACCAAUUGUUAUUCCAACACGUUAAUCCAAAUCACUCAUCGAUUGUGCGUGAAGUGUCAUUUGUGGGGGGGAACAACUGAUUUCGUGUUGGAGGAACUUGUGACCGUCGCUGACGCCAGACGACCCACGCAAACCUCUCGACUGCAAAGUCCACCGUUCAUGUCUUUAAACAAUUCAUUAUACAGAUUUGAUGACUCGGACGAAAUUUUCCUAGAUGAAAAUGAUGAUUUCAUCUACGUAUACGAUCAAAAUGGCGAAAAAAUUCACAGUUAUGGAAUUCCGUCGGGCUCCGGGCUAAAGUAA